UGGGUCGCUCCCACCGGAGAACACCAACCGUCUGAGUCCAGCCUUUACCGAAGAGCUCUACGGAGGAGACGGUGCACACCGGGAGGAGAGGGUUUCCUCUCAGGGGCUGGGCUGACAACUCGGUAUUUGUCCUCCUGUCGGUGAGGAGGAGAGGGAAGAAGCAGAGAUAAGGGAGACCAUCAGUGCUGGAGCGCCCAGCCGCCUUUCUUCUUCUUCUGUCGGGGCUGCGGUAAAAAAGUCUUUCACGAUGCCGGUGUUUCACACCAAAACCAUCGAGAGUAUCCUGGAGCCAGUGGCCCAGCAGAUCUCUCACCUGGUCAUUAUGCACGAGGAGGGGGAGGUAGACGGUAAAGCCAUCCCGGAUCUGACGGUGCCGGUGGCCGCUGUGCAGGCUGCUGUCAGCAACCUUGUGCGGGUGGGAAAGGAAACGGUUCAAACUACCGAGGACCAGGUGAUGAAGAGAGACAUGCCUCCUGCGUUUAUUAAGGUGGAGAAUUCAUGCUCUAAGCUCGUCCAAGCUGCUCAGAUGCUGAAAGCGGAUCCCUACUCUGUUCCUGCACGAGAUUACCUGAUCGAUGGAUCCAGAGGGAUACUGUCCGGAACAUCCGACUUGCUCCUUACCUUCGACGAGGCAGAGGUACGUAAGAUAAUCCGAGUGUGUAAAGGUAUCCUGGAGUAUCUGGCAGUAGCUGAGGUGGUGGAGACCAUGGAAGACCUCAUCACAUACACCAAGAACCUCGGACCAGGGAUGACCAAAAUGUCAAAGAUGAUAGAGGAGAGGCAGCAGGAGCUGACACACCAAGAGCACAGACAGAUGCUAGUCAGCUCCAUGAACACUGUCAAAGAGCUGCUGCCCGUUCUUAUCUCAGCUAUAAAGAUUUUUGUCGCAACGAAGAGUAGUCGAGGUGCCGGGGUUGAGGAGGCAGAGAGAAACCGAAGGUUCACUUUUGAAAAGAUGAGCGCUGAAAUUAAUGAGAUCAUAAGAGUCCUGCAGCUCACCACGUGGGAUGAAGACGCCUGGGCCAAUAAGAAGGAUAUGGAGGCCCUGAAGAGAUCUCUGGCUUUGAUUGAGUCAAAGAUGGCACAAGCUAAAAGCUGGCUCAAAGACCCUCACGGACAGCCAGGAGACCUCGGUGAGGUGGCCCUGCGUGCAAUACUGGACGAAGCUGGUAAGGUGGGAGAGCUGUGUGCUGGGAAGGAGAGGAAAGACAUACUGGCGACCACUAAGGCUCUGGGACAAAUGACUGACCAGGUCACAGAUCUACGAGCUAGAGGCCAAGGCCCGACCCCGGGGUGUGUGCAGCGUGCCGGCCAGUGCUCGCAGGGCUUAGACUUGUUAUUUGGCAAAGUGGACAGUGCUGCUCGCAGACUGGAGGCUCUAAUCAAUGCCAAACAGGCUAUUGCCAGGAGGCUGGAUGCUGCACAGGCAUGGCUGGCUGAUCCUCACGGCGGUCCCGAGGGGGAGGAGAACAUCAGAGCGCUCCUUGCAGAAGCCAAACGCAUCGCCGAUCUAUGCGAAGACCCCAAAGAGAGGGAUGACAUCCUGCGUUCCAUAAGUGAGAUCGCAGGACUCACUGCCAGGCUUAUGGAGCUACGCAGACAGGGUAAAGGUGACAGUCCUGAGGCCCGUGCACUCGCUAAGCAGAUUGGGGCGGCGCUACUGACCCUGCAGUCUAAAACCAACCGCGCCGUAGCCAACAUGAGACCAGCCAAGCCUGCAGUAACCUUGGAGGGCAAGAUGGAGCAGGCCCUCCGUUGGGUGAACAACCCUGGAGUGGACGACAGAGGAGUAGGUCAGGCAGCAAUCAGAGGAAUGGUCGGGGAAGGGAGGAGGCUGGCAGGAGGCCUGUUAGGCCCGUAUCGUCAGGAUAUGAUUGGGCGCUGUGACCGAACAGAGGCUCUGAUGACAUCCUUGGCAGACAUGGCUGGCAGGGGAGAGGCUGAGGCUCCUCAUGCACGCGCUACAGCUGCACAGCUGCAGGACACCCUUAAGGACCUGAGGCAGCGCAUGCAGGAGGUGAUGACCCAGGAGGUGUCUGAUGUUUUCAGUGACACCACCACACCUAUCAAACUGCUGGCUGUGGCUGCAACUGCACCUCCCGAUGCACCAAACAGAGAAGAGGUUUUUGAAGAGCGCGCAGGGAACUUUGAGACCCACGCGGGUCGGCUGGGGGCAACGGCAGAGAAGGCUGCUGCUGUGGGAACAGCCAAUAAGACUACAGUAGAAGGCAUCCAUGCUGCUGUGAAACAUGCAAGGGAGCUCACACCACAGGUAACGUCUGCCGCUCGGAUCUUGUUGAAGAACCCUGGGAACAAAGCGGCGUAUGAACACUUUGACACCAUGAAGAACCAGUGGAUCGACAAUGUGGAGAGACUCACCGGUCUAGUGGAUGAAGCUAUCGACACCAAAUCUCUGCUAGAUGCGUCUGAGGAGGCGAUAAAGAAAGACAUCGACAAGUGCAGAGUUGCCAUGGCAAAUGUUCAGCCCCAAAUGCUUGUUGCCGGGGCAACAAGCAUAGCAAGGAGAGCUAAUCGGGUCCUGUUGGUGGCUAAGAGGGAAGUUGAGAACUCUGAAGACCCACGAUUCAGAGACACUGUGAAACACGCUUCAGACAUCCUCUCGCACACCAUCUCGCCUAUGGUGAUGGACGCCAAGGCGGUGGCAGGGAACAUCCAAGAUAAAGCUCUGCAGAAAGCCUACUUGGACUCGUGUCUGAGGAUCCUGGCUGCAGUCGGAAAAGUUAGAGAAGCCUUUCAGCCUCAGGAGCCGGACUUCCCUCCUCCACCUCCUGACUUGGAUCAGCUCCAUGUUAGUGAUGAGCAGGCCCCACCCAAACCUCCAUUACCAGAGGGGGAAGUGCCUCCGCCUCGGCCUCCUCCUCCAGAGGAAAAGGACGAGGAGUUCCCGGAGCAGAAAGCUGGAGAGGUGCUCAGCGAGCCCAUGAUGGUGGCAGCCAGGCAGCUGCACGAUGAGGCGCGCAAGUGGUCAAGCAAGCCUGAAGAUGAGGAGGCAGUAGAGGAGAGGGAGGUAGAUGAUGAAGAUGAGUUUACUGAUGGUGAGGAUGACUAUGAGCCAGAGCUGCUGCUGAUGCCAUCCAACCAGCCUGUCAAUCAACCCAUUCUGGCAGCUGCCCAGUCUCUCCACCAGGAGGCGCGCAAGUGGUCCAGCAAGGGUAAUGACAUCAUAGCCGCAGCCAAGCGGAUGGCUCUGCUGAUGGCAGAAAUGUCUCGGCUGGUGCGUGGUGGAAGCGGGAACAAACGAGCACUGAUCCAGUGCGCUAAGGACAUCGCCAAGGCCUCGGAUGAGGUGACAAGACUGGCAAAAGAAGUGGCCAAACAGUGCACUGACAGACGCAUCAGAACGAACCUGCUGCAGGUCUGUGAACGAAUCCCUACCAUCAGUACUCAGCUGAAGAUCCUCUCUACUGUCAAAGCCACCAUGCUGGGACGGACAAACAUUAGUGAAGAGGAGUCAGAGCAGGCCACAGAGAUGUUGGUCCAUAACGCCCAGAAUCUGAUGCAGUCCGUGAAGGAGACGGUCAGAGAAGCAGAAGCAGCCUCCAUCAAGAUCCGCACCGAUGCGGGCUUCACCCUCCGAUGGGUGCGGAAGACCCCCUGGUACCAAUAAUCAUACCUGGUCGCUGACAUGGAUGAUGCUCUUUCUUUAAAACUUUGCUUCAAUAGCACAAACCUCGAGUAAAGUAGCAAUGUGCAUAUGCAUUAAGCGUAAGCAUGUGCACUUCAAGAGGAAGCUGCGGGAUUUUGAGCCAUUCUCCACUGUAGUUUGGGUGUUUGCACCAGGAAGCAUUAGAUCUGGUCCCAUGCAGGUUUCUUUUAAUGGCGUGAGCGGAAUCGCACAGGUAUAUCGGAGACAGUUUUUUAAAGUAUAUUUUUGGUAUGUUGUGUUACAAGACUUUAUCCAAAGUUCAGGUAUAUAUUUUUUGCAUGAAAAUGUUUUCUAUUUUCUAAAGGCGAAUUAUGACACUAAAAUGCUCCCAGAGGACGUUUACUUUGCAUUCAGUUUUUUUCAGUGAGUUUCUUACUGUCUAUUGUACAUACAAUAAUUGUUUGUUUUAUGAAAGAUUUUUAGCUUUAUUCACUCAGUUUGACUCUAAAGUCGGGAGUAGUGGAGCGAGCUGAGGCGCUCACUUUCCUUCCUGUUUACUUUUUAACAAUAAAGGUUCUUUACUAAAGAUCUACAAAUUCAGAAGUUCUAGCAUCAUCACUUCAAUGAUUUUAUACUUGAAGGACUUAAAGGUGUUAUGAAUACAAGUGAGACAGUUUUAAAGCAAUUAUAUGAUUAGAAUAAAAUAUAUGGUUGUUAGUGACUAUGUUGUUUCUUGGGAGGUUGACACUACAGCUCACGGGUUUUCACUUGACAGCAGCAGUAUGUGUGACAUUGAAGUCAAAGUCAAGCUUAACUGAUAUAUUUUUAAUGUGCGUUUUCAGUUCUGUGUUUUCAUUUUAGUUGAACUUCCACAGUGAUCAAUGCCAAAGGAUUUGUUUUACAUUACUGUGAGCUUCUAAACACUCAAACUCCAGGUUACUGCAGACAGUGCCGUCCUCUGUAGAGGACCCGGAGUGCUUUUUUUAAGGUCUGUUUAUUUUUAGCCAAAAUAUAUGAAUGUUUUACUCUGCUUUGCAUUUUUUUUGUAAUCUAUUUGUAGUGCUGCACUGUACUGCACUCUUUGUAACAGUUGAACUGUUUGGAAAUUUUAGCAAAGCUGAUGAUUUUAGGCAGCAUCCUUUUAUUGUUUGGGUGUUUAUUUUUUAGAUAUCCAGAUUAUCCCUCUGUCUGAGCUCAGUAGUCCCACGUUAAAUGCUCUAAAGCAUCAUCUGAAAAAUCCAUUUGUUUCCUUUUUUAGAUGACCCCGGUGGUUUGAAAACAAGACAACUCUUUUUAUCAGGCAAUAUUGUCAGCCUAGCAACGUAGAUUUUAUUUUUAGGUUAACACUAAAAUAUAUUUAAAAUGAGUUUGUUGUCAUCUAGGAUUAAACAUAUUUUUACAUUAAUACAUGCAGUCAGUCAGCAAAUUCAUAUUUUUAUUUCCCUUAAUUUAACAGUGGAGAAUUUGUAUGCACCUGUAUGUGAAGUCUUUUCGUUUAAGCAGUAGUAGUGAGCAGUCCAAAUGACACUAAUGGACAAGGCUCUGGAUUGCAGCACAGAAUGUUAACCGCAUUUUCACUUUUAUUUGGGCCUACUGAGCAUGUAGCAGCACUGACUAUUCACUGAGAGCGACACAAUGUAGAUCUGCGUGUGUACCUGAUGUGUUCAUUCACACCCAGAAUGUAUACUGAUAGCUUCUAGCCCUGCCAACACAUCUGCUGUGCCUUGGAAGAAGAAUAAAAGACUAUAAUGAUGACUGGA